AUGGUUGACCCUCCUGCUGAUUACAUGGACUAUGGUGAUAAUAAGCCUGCUGAUUAUACUGAUUAUGGUAGUGACGACCCCAUGGAUCAGAAAAACCAAACACUUCUACAUUCGGGAUCUGUUCAGAUAAUGCCAAUUCCAGCAUCGAAUGAAAUGUCUAGUGGUAACAUUAAUCCAGGGGCAAAUCAUAGUAAAACAAACAGCAGUUCGCUAUUAUCACAAAACUUUACAAUAAUACGUGAUGACUCUAUCAAUGCGAGGAUUUUUACUGCUUUAAAGGAAACGAUUUUGACUUCAAAAGAAAAAUUAUCUUCAUUCACAUCAUCUUUAAAACGUAACAACGUAAAACACAUUGAAUAUAUCGUUUAUCAUUAUAUGGAACACGUCAUAACAGCAUUCUUUACUGUUGAAUUCGUCCUCAGACUCAUUACAUGUCCGUAUAAAAAAGAGUUUCUCAGCGGCGUGCUGAACUGGUUAGACCUAAUCCUUCUCCUUGGCAGUUUCGGGAGAAUUUUGUUGGAUUUACGGAGUGAUUUUAUGGAGACUAUGGCCGUGGUGUACGACCUGCUCCUUUAUUUACAAAUGUUCCGUGUAUUUCGUCUCUUCAGGACAAUAGAACAUAUCAAAGCAUUUAAGGUCCUUCGUUAUUCCCUUGUUACUGGUAUGAAAGACAUUUGCGUUCUAGUCAUGUACGUCAUGGUAACAAUGUGCAUUUUCUCAAACUUCAUCUACUUUGUUGAAAAGAAAUCGGAUUUUCCCAGUAUUCCCGCGGCUUGGUGGUGGAGUAUCGUAACCAUGACAACGGUAGGAUAUGGAGAUAUGGUACCGAAGACGGUGUUGGGAAAGUUGAUUGGCUGUAUCUGUGCUCUAUCAGGCGUUGUGUUAUUUUCCCUCAUCAUACCAGUAUUUGUCAGCACGUUCCUCACAGCCUAUGAAUACGCGAACGGGUCACUGGACGAGGAUGUCAAGAGAAAACCUGGGCGAAAGGUGUCGCCAAAUAUAAACACAGACAAACAGGUAGAAAAUCUCUGUUGCGUUGAAGAUGUGUUCCCCAAACAUCAGAAAAGAGAAACUGCUUGUAAUGUAAACAUGCAAUGUCCCCCAUACCAGGAACACUCCAACGGAGAUCUCCAACGGAAAUAUCCAACGGCAAAUCGGGAGACUACUAAGUUCUGAUAAUAUGAUAAUAAGAACAUGUUUAUGUAAUUUGUAUAAGAACUAUGAUAUAAUUACUGAACAUGACCACAUUUUGGAGUGAGAUAACGAAUCGUCAUUAUCUGAAUGAAGCAGUGAUGAAAAGGAUUAUAGUAAAAUAUUGAUCAAUUAUUGGAAAGAAAGACCUGUUUAGUUUCACAAAUGGUAACAAUAUACAUAAUGCUCAUGUGUAACUACCAGUGUUGCAUGAAAGGGCAAAGAAGAAAUGUGUCGAGGAUUUUUAAUGGUGAAUCGUAAAUAUAACGUUUUUCACAACUACUUUUUCUAAAAAUGUAUUGUGUAUUUGUCGUUAUACAUAACAAGUUUAUUCCUUCGUCAGGUUAGUAUUUCUGAUUGAUAUUAUGAAGAUAUAACAGAACUAUUAAUGCAUUUCCCCAUUAACAAGAUACUUUUCACUUGGGGAUGACCUGUUAAACGACAGGAGUAACACGUGAAUACAGAUCCGCUGCAAUAUCUUACGGCAUAUCAAUGAUCUCUGUUGUUAUAAAUGUAUACUCAUCAGAGGUCAUUCAUAUUUUAUUAACCAUAUCACUUAUAAUAGGUAUCGGAUAGACGGUCAACAUAAAGUGAAAUCCAACGGUGAUUACGUGGAUGGAACAUUAAUUCGCUCAUUGCUCAGUCUAUCUGAAGUGGAUUAAUAAUAGAUUGGUCCGCAGAGUCAGUAAUUGUUAUUGUAACAACUUAGCGUUGUCAUAUAAACAUGUAACAAAAUCACCUGAAUCUCUAAGAAUACUCAUCGUUCUAUAUAUUGUAAUAUUUUGUUGCCUUGUGUUAAUCUGAGUAUUGUGAUCACUACUAUGUAGAAUAAUGUGGUUGUUACAGUUUUGUAAGUUUUGUUUGAUAUAUUGUAUUUGAAUUAUAUGGAAAUAAAGAUAAUACUGAGUAAAUGUC